AUGCGAAGGUUAAUGGAAGAGGCUAAAGACCAUAUUGACAAAAGAGCCAGUGUCCUAACCAUAGGACCUGUGAAAGCCAGACUGCGUUUUUAUGAUCUCUCAACCUUGCAGCUGGGAGACUACCCCAAUGGCAGCUUAUACCCCUAUGAAAAAGAGGACAAAGCCAUAAAUCCAGUUCGAUAUGCAGAGGAAGGGCAGGCUGUUGAUACAAAACUGUGCCAAGUCUCCCCCAAAAGGCUCAUCAGCCUCGGCUCACUUUCAAAGGAACAUAGGCCAAGUCUCAGGAAAGCAAUCUCCAGGUCAGGCCUCCAGCACUUGGCUCCUGUGCAUUCCCUCAAUGUUGCAGUCUCCAAUGGACCUGUGAAGGAACCAAGGGCGGCCUUAGAGUGGACCGAAAAUGCUGUGAAUGGAGAGCAUCUGUGGCUGGAGACAAAUGUUUCUGGGGACCUCUGCUACCUGGGGGAGGAAAGCUGCCAAGUCAAAUUCUCAAAAUCUGCUCUGCGGAGGAAGUGUGCUGCCUGCAAGAUUGUGGUCCACAACGCGUGCAUGGAGCAGUUAGAGAAGAUUAAUUUUCGCUGCAAACCAACUUUCCGAGAAGGAGGCUCCAGAUCUCCAAGAGAGAACUUUGUCCGACACCACUGGGUGCACAGGCGGAGGCAGGAGGGGAAAUGUAAGCAGUGUGGAAAGGGCUUUCAGCAGAAAUUCUCCUUCCAUAGUAAAGAGAUUGUGGCCAUCAGUUGUUCCUGGUGCAAGCUGGCGUUUCAUAAUAAAGUCACCUGUUUCAUGCUACAUCAUAUUGAGGAACCAUGUUCCCUGGGGGCUCACGCUGCUGUCAUUGUGCCUCCCACCUGGAUCAUUAAGGUGAAGAAACCUCAGAAUUCAUUAAAGACUUCAACACGUCGAAAGAAGCGAACAUCUUUUAAAAGAAAAGCCAGCAAAAGAGGCAAUGAAGAUAACAAAGGUCGACCAUUUGUGAUAAAGCCUAUCUCCUCUCCACUCAUGAAGCCGCUGCUGGUUUUUGUCAAUCCAAAAAGUGGAGGGAAUCAGGGCACCAAGGUUCUACAAAUGUUUAUGUGGUAUUUGAAUCCACGCCAGGUAUUUGAUCUCUCUCAGGAAGGGCCAAGAGAUGCGCUGGACCUGUACAGAAAAGUGCCAAACCUGCGGAUCCUGGCCUGCGGUGGGGAUGGGACGGUAGGUGGCUGGUGCCAGGCAGCCCU